AUGAGUACGCUUGACCCGUUUGAAGCUACCGAUCUAUUCAAUCUGGAUAAUGUUAACCUAGAUGUGUUGACUGAGAAUUUUCCUGUUGAAUUUUAUUUCGAAUACCUAAUAUUAUGGCCUGGUUUAUUUUUUAAGACAGUUGAGCAAACUGUCGACGCAUCAAUUACAACAAAUAAUAUAUCAGGCUAUAUGAUGGCAAAAACAGAAGGUCAUGGAAACGAUUGGCACUCGCAUAUAACAGCUGUAACGGUUGCUCCAGAAUUCCGUAGAUUGUUUUUAGCUUCCAUUUUGUGUAACACAUUAGAAAAAAUUACAGAUGUAUUGCCACAUAACGUGAAUUUUAUUGACUUGUUUGUGAAAUGUGAUAAUGCACUAGCAAUCAAACUUUAUGAAAAGCUGGGAUACAGUGUCUUUAGGAGAGUGGUAGGAUACUAUAAUACAGCAGGGGAUGGAUAUCCAGAAACUUUAAAGAAAUGUAAUGAUGACAAGGAUGCAUUUGAUAUGAGAAAAGGUAUGAUAAGAGAUAAAGGAAAGAGUAUACGUUCAGAUGGUAGAAAGCACAGAUGCUUCCCGCAUGAUAUUAAGUUUUAA